AUGGGUAACCAGAAAAAGCAUCAGCAGAUGCAGGGGACCCGGGGAAAACCCAAACGGUCAAAUCGGGGAUUCUCACCCGUUUCCUGAGAGAUAGCACCGAGCGAGACAUGGAGGCCUAUUGGUACAAGACAUUCCUGCCAACCUCCUGCUACUGGACAGGGCACAUCGCUCCUUGCGCUCCAAGGGUAUCUCCCAAGACUCUCCAAGAGACAUCAUUUGUAGAUUGCAUUAUUCUGAAACAAAGAACGGGGUAAUGAGAGCACUAAGGGACACCUCACAGCCACUACUAUAUCAUGGCAAUCCCAUACAGAUUUACCCCGACCUCUCCUGGUACACCCUACAGGCCAGACGAGCUCUCAAGCCUAUUACUGAGCUCCUACGCAACAGGAGCAUUAAAUAUCGCUGGGGUUUCCCCUUUGCCCUGAUAGUAAACUAUAAGGGCAACAUCAUCCACAUAGCCUCUAUUCUAGAUGUCCCUCCCUUCCUCCGGGCUCUGGAGCUUCCAGACACGAUCAUAAUAGACUGGAACUACCCGAUACCUCACCAGGACAACGUACAAAUGUCCCAACGACAGAAAUGGGUUACUCCUGCGAAAAUGAGAAGAAAUUACACCAGGAUCACCUCACCACAGGCAAGACGGGGGAGACAGCCCAGCACCCCUGCCCGCAAGCGAAUUACCACUGACGACUAA